CCCCACUUUCCCUUACUGCCUUCAUUUAAAACCCCCCUUCUUCCCCCUUCCGUAUCACACUGAUGCUUUUCUGUCUCUAGGCUGAAUUCCGCCGUUGUUUGGGAGAGAGAGCUCUAGAAUUCGCCGGACCGCGCCUUUUCUCGCACUGUCCUUCCGGCGCCUUCGUCCUUCCGGUUUUCCCUUCUGUUGGACUUUGCAAUCAAUUGUGUCCUACAAAGAUGAGCGUGGUAGGGUUUGAUUUAGGGAAUGAAAGUGGUGUUGUUGCUGUUGCAAGACAGAGGGGAAUCGAUGUAGUACUUAAUGAAGAAUCCAAGAGGGAAACUCCAGCGAUUGUUUGCUUUGGUGAUAAGCAACGAUUCCUUGGUACAGCUGGUGCUGCAUCCAGUAUGAUGAACCCAAAGAACACCAUUUCUCAGGUAAAGAGAUUGAUUGGGCGCCAAUUUUCGGAUCCGGAGCUGCAAAAAGACCUCAAGUCUUUGCCUUUUUCUGUGACCGAAGGCCCUGAUGGAUACCCAUUGAUCCAUGCCCGGUAUUUGGGGGAAAUGAAGACAUUCACACCUACACAGGUUCUUGGGAUGGUGUUUUCAAACCUGAAGGGUAUUGCUGAGAAGAAUCUCAAUGCAGCAGUAGUGGAUUGUUGCAUUGGUAUACCCAUAUAUUUUACCGAUCUGCAGAGAAGAGCUGUUAUGGAUGCCGCUACAAUUGCUGGUCUGCAUCCUCUACGUCUUUUCCAUGAAACUACAGCCACUGCUUUGGCUUAUGGUAUCUAUAAGACUGAUUUACCCGAAACUGAUCCAUUAAAUGUUGCUUUUGUUGAUAUUGGGCAUGCCAGCAUGCAAGUUUGCAUUGCUGCCUUCAAGAAAGGCCAGUUGAAGAUAUUAGCACAUUCAUUUGAUAGAUCACUAGGUGGAAGGGAUUUUGAUGAAGUCAUUUUCCAGUAUUUUGCUGCAAAGUUUAAGGAUGAAUAUAAGAUUGAUGUAUUUCAGAAUGCCAGAGCUUGUCUCAGGCUGCGUGCUGCUUGUGAGAAGCUGAAGAAAGUUCUUAGUGCUAAUCCUGAGGCACCUCUGAAUAUUGAAUGCUUGAUGGAUGAAAAGGAUGUUAGGGGAUUCCUUAAAAGAGAUGAGUUUGAGCAGAUUAGUAUGCCGAUAUUGGAAAGAGUGAAGAAGCCAUUGGAAAAGGCUCUUGCAGAAGCUGGACUUACUGUUGAUAACUUCCAUGCUAUUGAGGUUGUUGGUUCUGGAUCACGAGUCCCUGCGAUCAUUAAGAUUUUGACUGAGUUCUUUGGCAAGGAGCCUAGACGUACAAUGAAUGCAAGUGAGUGUGUUGCUAAGGGUUGUGCUCUACAGUGUGCGAUCCUUAGUCCCACUUUUAAAGUGAGAGACUUUCAGGUCAAUGAGAGCUUCCCCUUUUCCAUUUCUAUGUCAUGGAAAGGUCCUGCUCCAGAUGCCCUAACGGGAGCAGAAAACCAGCAGAGCACCCUUGUUUUCCCAAAGGGAAAUCCAAUUCCAAGUACAAAGGCUUUGACAUUCAUUAGAACUAGUACAUUUUCAGUAGAUGUACAAUAUGCCGAUGUCACUGAAGUACUGGCUCCACCAAAAAUAAGUUCUUAUAUGAUUGGUCCUUUCCAAGCUGUAAACAGUGAACGUGCAAAAGUCAAGGUUAGAGCACGCCUUAAUCUGCAUGGUAUUGUUUCUGUCGAGUCAGCAACGCUUCUGGAAGAAGACGAAGUGGAAGUCCCUGCUGUGAAAGAACAAGAAAAGGAAUCAACCAAAAUGGAAACUGAUGUGCAUCACACAGAUUCCUCUGGAACUGAUGUGAACAUGCAAGAUGCUAAAGGCACUUCGGAUUCUCCUGCUUCUGAGAAUCAUGCCCCUGAGUCUGGAGACAACCCUGUACAAAUGGAGACAGAUUCUAAGGCUGAGGUCUCCAAGAAAAAGGUCAAGAAAUCAAAUGUUCCAGUGUCCGGAGUGGUUUAUGGAGCACUGUCAACAGCUGAUGUUCAGAAGGCCACGGAAAAAGAGUUUGAAAUGGCAUUGCAGGAUCGUAUUAUGGAAGAAACAAAGGACAAGAAGAAUGCUGUAGAGGCAUAUGUGUAUGACAUGAGGAACAAGCUCUCUGACAAGUAUCAAGAGUUCGUGGUUGAUUCAGAAAAAGAGGAGUUUGUUGCUAAACUUCAAGAGGUGGAAGAUUGGUUAUAUGAAGAUGGAGAGGAUGAAACAAAAGGUGUUUACAAUGCCAAACUUGAGGAACUUAAAAAGCAAGGUGAUCCCAUUGAAGAGCGUUACAAGGAGUUCACCGAGAGGGGAACCAUUGUUGGUCAUCUAGUUCACUGCAUCAAUAGUUACAGAGAUGCUGCAAUAUCAAACGAUCCAAAGUUUGAGCACAUUGAAUUAGCAGAUAAGCAGAAGGUCCUGACUGAGUGUGUUGAAGCCGAGGCUUGGCUGAGAGAGAAAACACAGCAACAAGAUGGGCUUCCAAAGUAUGCGACCCCUGUUCUCUUGUCUGCUGACAUCAGAAAGAAGGCUGAAGCCCUUGACAGGUCUUGCAGGCCUAUAAUGACAAAGCCAAAGCCAGCCAAGCCAACAACUACCACAACCGAACCACAAUCACCACAGACUUCUCAAGAUGGUGAAAACCAUCAUCAAGGACAGGGAGACAAGACCCCCUCAAACCCAAAUGACAGUGCCAAUUCGGCAGCUGAGGGUGGUGCUGGAGGAGAAGCACCUUUGGAGACCGAACCAAUGGAAACCGAGGCGGGUUCUGCCCAGAGUGGUGGCCAAGCCUAGAUUUUCCUUUCUUGAAAUCGGGUAUCUGUGCAUCUUCUUCUUUCUUCAUUUGAUCCUGGACUUCUUUUUUCCUGAAGGCUCUUCAGCCGGUGGUGGCCAUAAGAUAUUCAUAUCCUGAGAUUUGUUUAAGUUUUGAGCAAUGUAAAACCAUUUGAAUUUGUUUGCUUGACCAAAUUAUCCAUCUUUAGAUCGGCUCACCAUGAGAACUUCUAGAGGGAUUUUUCCAUGCUACUUUUAUACUCGUAUUCCUUUUUUUUUCCCGGUGACAAAACACGUCUUAAAUUGUUUACUUUGAUUGUGGAGUUGUUUUUGGUGUACGAAAUGCCUUUGAUCUAUAAUGCUGCACACAAAGGAAAAAUUACUACCCUAUAUUUUAAAUAGGCAACUGAAGAAAACUGGAUAACUGGG